UCGCAACAAUGACGCUACCAUUUUGAACCAUAUAAUGCGCAGCAAUAUCGAGGACAUACGGAGCUGGGUCAACGAGAAUGAUAUCUUUGUGGUUGACCGUGGAUUUAGGGAUUCUUUGGAUUACCUCCAAGAGAUGGGAAUUUGUGCCAAAAUGCCUACAUUCUUAAGAAAAGGAGAAAAGCAAAUGUCAACUGAAAAUGCUAACACCAGUCGAUUAGUGAGUAAGAUUCGAUGGGUUGUGGAGUCAGCAAAUGCUAGGAUUAAACAAUGGCGGUAUUUAGUGCACAUCCUACCAUCAAGUCAAAUACCUUACAUCGGUGAUUUUGUGAGGAUUGCAUGUGCCAUAUGCAACAGGUACUUAAAACCACUUGUCUGUGGUGCCACCGAGGAGGACCAAGCCCUGGGAGCUAAAAUGGUGUACCUCUCCAAGCAAGUGAAUUAUCUCCAGCACCAUGUGGAAGAAAACAAGCUUGAUCGGCGUACAGUUUGCUGGAGGGAAGUAGAUGACCUGACUGACUUCCCCUGCCUGGAUGAGGAACAGCUCCGACUUCUCACUUGUGGUACCUAUCAGUUGCGUAUAUCACCGUCAUACGCUCAGGAGCAUGUUGAGGGGGACUGCAGCAUCCAAGUUCACAGGGAGGAUCCAGGUCUUCUACGCAUAAAGCUACAAAGCAGGCAUGUCUCAUCAAGGACCUACUUAUUGUGGAUACAGUACGAUAUAGGUGAAAUAAAAGCUUGGUACUGUAAGUGCAGAGCUGGUGCACGUGUUGUAGGGAUGUGUUCUCAUGUCGCUGCUGUCCUGUGGUAUCUAGGGUAUGCUCGCCAUCACAGGGAAGAAAGAAUGGGAGUUCGAAACUGGGGGGAGUUUGUCGAUGAUGCCACACUAAUUGAUGAUUCUGAUAGUUCCAACAACGGUGAUGAAAGUGGACCAGAGGAGUAA